AUGCUUUGCGGAAGUAAGAGGAGUUGCUUUCCGGGGAAGCUCCCCAAGAGCCUGUCGUGUCCAAGAAGUCAGGUAAGGGUUGUUUACGAGAAAAGACUUAUCGAGCAGUACAUCAACGAGCACGCCACCGAACCGGGCACUGGCGAGGCUCUUACCACCGAUGACCUUCUCCCCCUUCAGUCCUCGCGCGUCGUCCGCCCUCGCCCUCCCACACUAACAUCCAUACCUGCGCUUUUGGCGACCUUUCAAAACGAGUGGGACAAUCUUGCCCUAGAAACGUAUAAUCUAAAAGAACAACUCGUACGAACGAGGGAAGAACUGGCUACCGCACUAUACCAACAUGAUGCUGCCGUUCGCGUCAUUGCGCGUUUGACAAAGGAGAGAGACGAGGCCAGGGACUCACUCAGCAAAGUCACAGUUACUGACGGUGCAGCUAAUGGCGAAGAAAUGGUUGUGGAUAGUGUUGAAACACUACCCGAACCUUUGGCUGGUACUAAUGUUAUCUUUUCUAGCUUAUCGAAAGGUCGCAAAAGACGGCCUGUUCCUGAAGGCUGGGUUACGGCAGACGAAGUAUCCUCGUUUGACACCACAGCCUCUAGCGCUUUACCUGUCUCGCAGGCAACUUCGAUCGAUCUUGAGGGAGGAUAUGCCGCCCUUGGGGGUCUGAAAGGCGAGGCCGCUGUUUACUCUAUCGAAGCCGACAAGUUGGAGAGGCAGUUGCCGGUCAACGAGGCCGUCACCAACACGCUGUGGACUGGAGAGAAGCUGUUCUUUGCCACAAGCCAAGGCAACGUGAAAGUGUACGAAGCGGGCAAUGAGGUUGCCGCAGCCUCGGAGCAUGCUGGUCCUGUAACUGGGCUCAGUAUUCACCCUGGAGCCGAAAUUCUUGGCUCCGUGGGUACAGACAAGAGCAUUGUGUUCUACGACGUGGCUACUAUGAAGCGAGCUAGCCGGGCCUUUGCUGAUCGACUGACAACCACAGCACUCACUACAUGCGCUUUCCACCCCGAUGGACACAUCUUCGCGGCAGGAACAUUGAGUGGGGAUGUCAAACUUUAUAUGACCAAGAAUCUGGAACAAGCUGCCGUGUUCAGGCUUGGUGCACCUGUUCAAGCCGUUGCGUUCUCCGAAAAUGGAUUUUGGCUGGCUGCUACAGCCAAGGGUCAGACAACAGUCACAAUCUUUGAUCUCCGUCGCACGGAAGGCGAUGCAGCACCUGCCAAGGUUCUGGAGACUGGUGGAUCCGUGCAGUCUUUGGCUUGGGACUAUACUGGCCAGUACCUGGCAACUGGAGGUGCGUCUGGCGUGACUAUUCAACAGUACGCCAAGUCGAGCAAGAAGUGGAGUGAACCAUUUAGAAACUCGACGCCUGUUGUUGGUCUCAGAUGGGGAGAGUCGGCAAGAAAGCUUGUGGCAGUUAAUGGUGAGGGUGUGGUGAGUGUAUUUGGCGUCAAAGAAUAG